GUAAGUGAGGAAAGGUGUAGAAACUAGAAAGAAUACGGGCUUUUGCGGUUGGCAGGUCUGGGUCGUUCUAGAAACCUGUUUACGCGUUUGAUUGAAAGUUUACAUUCCUGUUCCCUGGAGAGAAUAUAGAGAACCAGAGUCAUUGGAAUUUGGAUUUCUUCAAUUCGUGAGAUGGCGUUGAAUCCUCAACUGUUCCCUAACGGGAUGCCCGUUCCUUUCGUGAACGAGAUGUUUGUGUUGGCAAGAGAUGGCGUCGAAUUCGAGGUCGAUAAGAUUCCUGGUGCUGGAAAUCAUGGGGGUCAUCUCAAAACAAAGGGAAUUAUCUAUUUGUCAAAUAUACGUAUGGUCUUCGUUGCUAAAAGUCCAGUUGGAGGCUUGACAGCUUUUGAUAUGCCUUUGCUUUACAUCCAUGCUGAAAAAUUUAACCAGCCAAUAUUUCACUGCAACAAUAUUUCUGGACUUGUUGAACCCGUAGUCCCAGAUGACCAACACAGAGCUCUGUACUCCACAUACUCAUUUAAGAUCUUAUUCAAAGAGGGGGGCUGUGGAACAUUCAUUCCUCUUUUCUUCAAUUUGAUUGCUUCAGUGAGACAGUAUAAUCAACGCGCUAAUAUGCAGACAGUAUCUCACGUGGAUCCUUUGCAGGCAGCUCAGACUCCUGUUGAUGAGAUGAUGAGACAUGCGUACGUUGAUCCUAAUGAUCCGACAAGAAUAUUUUUGCAGCAACCCAAUGCUGAUUCUCAGCUUAGGCGUCGAACAUAUCAGCCACAGGCAGAUGGAGGCCAUGUCUGAGUCUGAAAUCACAAUUUCCCUCUCACCUUCAUUGGAUGAUGUUUGUAUGGGAACUGUGGACUAAUAUCAAAAUAAAUAAAAUCACUUCAUGUCUGUGUGACUAAUUCUCAUAUAUGAUCAGCAACUAAUAUUUUAUUAUGAAAUUGUAUUCUAUUUUUUUUUUUUUGGAUAACAAAUUGUAUUCUAUUUGAUCGUAUAUUAGAGUUUCUAAAGAUUUCAGAUUUUUUUUUUCAGGAUGUUUUGUAAUGUAACAUGGUCUUUCGUGUUUAGCA